AUCUGCCCUCUACUUAUGCAGAGGGAAAACUCCACUGCUUGUCCCUCCGUCCUGUGGAGCACGCAGAAGUGUCUUCUUGAGCUCUCCUUGGGAAAAUUCAGAAAUGUACUGCUUAACCAGACCACUUCAGUGGAGGCUGUAAUCAGGAAUAUUGCAAGCAAUGUGACUGUUGUCAUUUUCCAAGUACAUGCCCAGCAAAACAACGUGGUGAUAUCCUUCGAUAAGAAUCCCUCUGCAAACACCUCGGGAACUGGAGUAGACAAAGGAUUGGUUUCCAUUCUUCGGCCUCAGCAGACUGUGUGUACGUGGUACCUUCACUCUCUGGACACUAACCACGUGUUAAGCACUGCUAUCUCCAUUCCCUAUCUGGAGAAAGAUCCUGUUCCUGGAGGCUGCAAUCUAGAAUUCGACUUGGAAGUGGAUCCCAAUAUCUACCUAGACUAUACCUUGGUUGAUGUACACAUCAAGUUUGCACCUGCAAACUUGGGAUAUGCCAGAGGAGCAAACGCACCAUCGUGUGACUCGGGGACCGGCCAGAACUCCAGGUGGCGGCUGCGUUACGACGUCUACCAGUACUUUCUGCCGGAAAACGAUCUUUCCGAGAUGGUGCUCAUGAACCACAUCCGGAAGAUGGCUGAGGUUGACAGCAUCAAAGCUAAUGGCAUUAAAGUGCUUUCCCUGACAACGGAUGACAAGACCAAUGUCUACUUCUCCUCGCUGCCUGGGCAAGGUGUCAUCUACAACGUCAUAGUGUGGGAUCCCCUGUGGAAUACGUCUGCUGCAUACGUGCCUGUGCAUACAUAUGCCUGCAGCUUUGCUGACCUGGUGGAUAACUGCUCCUCUGUCAGCAAACUCUCUACCAAAAUAUUCUUCACUGCUCUUGCUGUUCUUGGUCUCUUCACUUGCUUUUUUGGACACAGAUUCUGGAAAACAGACUUAUUCUUCAUGGGCUUCAUAUUCACAGGAUUCUUCUUCUUUGUAUUCAUUACUAGGGUAACUGGCCUUGAUUACGAUGUGCGUCUUAUUUUGACCGCAGUGGCGGGAAUUAUUGGAGGGCUUCUCCUGGUUGCUGCCUGGUGGAGAUUUGGCUCGGUCCUCCUUUGUAUGCUGAUUAUUGGACUUGUGCUGGGAUUUCUCUUCUCCUCAGCYGUCUUCUUCACCCCGCUAGGAGAUUACAAAGUGUUCCGUGAUGAUGUUGUGUUCUGGGUGACCUUUUCCUGCGUGGCCUUGAUGAUUCCAGUGCUGUUUUUUGGCUGCCCAAGAACUCUGAACAUCCUGGCCUGCGGAGUAGUUGGCUCGUACUCGGUGGUCUUGGCCGUUGCCUGUUAUGUCUUCACAAGUCUCGCCUAUGUCACCUUAGAGCUGCUCAGGAGGAUCCUCAACGACUCCUUCAACAGAGCUUACACCCACGUGCCUUUUCAAACGAACGACUUCAUUGUGCUGGCGGUGUGGGCCAUGCUGGCCCUCACGGGAGUGACGGUGCAGCUUCGCCGGGAGAGGAGCGAGGUGCCCUUCCCGCCGCCGCCCUACCUCCUCUGGAAGCGCGAGAGGGAGCGCAGGAGCACCAACGUCCUGGACCCCAGCCACCAUCGGCCUCCGCUGCGCGAGCGCAUCCACAGCAAGCUCCUGCAGAUCAGGGAGGUCUUUCAGAAGGAGCAGCCGGCUGGGGAAAGAACUCCCUUGCUCCUGUGAGCGGCCGCAGAACUGGUGGGCGCAGAAGAAGAGCCCAGACCUGGCGUGGGACGGGGGAUCGUUGGCUUGUGGCACCCUGCUUGAUGGGAGCGGGGUGGCUGCCCGCCUUGGAGCGAAGCACUGACCUCUGCAUACACUACCUGCUGCCCCGGGGGGCUUGUCUGCGUGGCGGGAGGCCCGCUGGGCCUGCUGCAGCGCACGUGCGUCUCACUGCGCAGAGCUGGGGCCCUGGCUGGAGAGCAGGGCUCUAUCCUGGGGUCUAGCUUGGUGUUUAGGUAAGCAAAAUCCAAAACUGCACUUAAGGUAACCUGUAUGGAGACUGUUCUUCCCUUGCAGUGUGAGAAUCACUGCCAAGCUGCUACGUGACGCUCCCCAAGGUGAGCAGCGUGUCGGCUUGCAAGAGAAGAAGAGAAGGACCACAAACAAGAGGAGUUUUUAGCAGYAGCUGAAGUAAUAUUUUCAAAGAGGUACAAAACAGUUGGCUGCAGACUCUCUCUUUUUCCAAGAAGUAUUCCUGAACCUUGCAAGCUGCACUAAGUGACUGGAGUUGAACCUGCACUGGAUUAACUGUUGUGUGUAUGUGCACUGGGACUCAAAGCAGACGUGAUCUGAGAUGGGACCUUCGGCCUCGUUUGCAGUUGGCUCUGCAGCAAGCUGCCUCUCCAGGCUCCGUAGGGAAACAAGUGCUAACAGCCCACAGCUGGGCUCGCCUUCUUGCUCGCUUUCCGAGAAGCCUGGGGCUGCUUCCAAGUCUCUCCUCUCUCCCCUGUUGGCCCUGUAUGGCUGCUGCCAUCAAGUAUAACUGCAAGAAGCACUUUGUAGCCAGUGGCGAUCUCUUCCUGAAUUGGGUUGAAACACUAGCUAUUUUCUUUCUUUUAAACCAAUGACUCUUCUAAUUCUUGUCUCUGAGGCAGGAGCUUGCUGACUGAGUGCAUUCCUUUCUGCUUUGGACUGAAUUUGCCCGGAUGUGACAGGAGAUAGGGGAGCACCCUUGUGCUCUGUGAGGAACUACUGUCUUGUGUGGUGRCUUUAUUCACCUCCUGAAAACCAAACCAAACAAAAGCCUUUCUCAAACUGCAACCAGGAGCAGUGUGGGUUUUGCUCACUUACCUGCACAACCAGUCCCCAGGUUUCCUUCACCUCCCUUUUCCUCCUCCUGUCUUCCCAAGUCUGGUGUUCACCUUCAGUGGUUCAUGUCCACGCUGUGUCACACGUUACGCCUUGGCUGCAGUGUCAUGU